GAGCCUCCUGCGGCUGAGCCCUGCCGCCCCGGGGGAGCCGCAGAGCCGGGAGAGCGGGAGGGUGGGCGAGUCGUGCUACUGGGAUCCCGAAUCGGAGCCGGCUGGCGGGGCAAGCCCUCGGCACCGAACCCACGGGCCGUAGCCGCCGGGACCCAACACAGUCCCCCGGUCGCCCUCGGGACCCCCAGCCCAAACCCCUGCUCCGCCGUCGGGGAGCGGGCUCCUCCAGCUGCCCCGCUAGCAGAGCGCUCGGAGAUCGCCCGCCGUCUAGGACUUCUGAGGCCCCAGCCGUGUCCGCCGCUGCCCCCCGGGCCCGGGAUGACUGGGGCUCGGGGCUGAGGCCGGCGCCGGCGCCGGGACUGGACGGGGCGGCCCCCCGGCCCCAUGGGCCAGCCGGCCCAGCCCCCCCGCGGCCGCCCCCUUCGGGCUGGGCCGGCUGGGAUGGAGCCACGGCGCUGCCCAGGGGUCCCCGGGGCUCGGCCGGGCUCGGGUGGCCGGGGCCGGCGCCUCUGAGGGACAGCGCGGCCCGGGAGCCAGGAGGCCAAUGUCCCGCGGCGACUGACAAUGAAGCUAUGGAAGGUGGCGGCCCUGAUCUCGGUGCUCUGCAGCUCCAUGCUCUCGGUCUGGGUGUUCAGGGAGCUGGCCAGCAGGGACCGAAGACUUGGACCUGGUGCUCGAGCCUCGCUGCGCAGGUCUGCUCGGGCCUUGGACCCCCGCUGGGCCCUCAUCUCACAGUACCGGGCCCUGUUUGAGAGCUACACGGAAGGGGAGCUCCAGGAGCUGAUCGCGGCGCUGGUGGAGCGCUCGGGCCCGGCGGGGCACUCCGGCGGGCACGCGCUGCCCUUUCCGGGCCCGGCGGGGGCCCGGCGGAAGCGGGCCCGGCUCCGCCACCAGCCGUGCGGCCUGCGGGAGCUGGAGGUCAGCGUCAGCGAGCUCGGCCUGGGCUACGUGUCGGACGAGACCAUCCUUUUCCGGUACUGCAGCGGCACCUGCGAGGCGGCGGCCCGGAUCUACGACCUGGGGCUGCGCCGGCUGCGGCAGCAGCGCCGCGUGCGCAAGGAGAAGAUCCGGGCCCGGCCCUGCUGCCGGCCCCUGGCCUAUGAGGAGGAAGUCUCGUUCCUGGACUCCCGGAACCGCUACCACACGGUCAGCGAGCUCUCGGCCAAGGAGUGCGGGUGCGUGUGAGAGCCCCGGGCCUGCGUUGUCUACCUCACCGGGGGCGCCGGGAGGCCCCGCGGGGCCCAGGGGACCGCCCAACCUUGCCAGCCAACCCUGCUGAAGAGCUGUCGCUCGGAACCCAGGCCGCGGGAAGCUCCUCAGGAAGCCGACCGGACACUCUGGGCCCCGGGGGUCAGGGCGAGGCGGGAGGGCUCCCGGCCCCCUGAGACAGACGGAGGACGCCCGGGCUCGCGUCCCAGCAGCCAAAGGACUCUGGCAAACGGCGGUGGCCCUUCCAGGCCUGAUUGUAUAUACUUCCCUGAGUAACUGACUGACCUUGUACAGGAAAUUAUAUUCUAUAUAUGUGAAUCUCGCAAUAUCUAUAUCUAUAUAAAAUAUCAGUGGCCACUUC